AUGGCUCCCAACGACUCUCAAGCAAAGCCCGCCGGCCCCGCGGUCGAGAAACACCGGGCUUGCGAUGCAUGCCGAAACCGGAAGCUCGCCUGCACUAAGGAGCCUGAUGGAUGCUCUAGAUGUCGCCGAGAGGGUAUUACCUGCCACUACUCACCGCAAAAGCCUAUGGGAAGGCCUCGCAAGCGGCGCAUCGUCGAGGACCAGCCCCAGCAGGACGAAGAGCCUGCUGUUGUUGCCGUCGGCCGUUCAACUGUUGAACCUGCUGAGCCAGCCACCAGCAACAUUCCUAGCAUCAACGGUCAUGGCGGUGAUCUGUCACUACCUCUCUUUACUGACCCAACUUUGGAUUUCGAUCAUAACCCAUCAAGUAGCCUCGAUUUUCUUGACCUGCUUCCUCCCUCUUCGUAUCAAGAUGAGCUGCCCCUGGACCCUCACAUCUUAAUACCCAACGAUGGCCAACUGGAUAGCAUUGGAAUCCCUUUGAGCUUGAAUGGUGUCGACUUGCUUGAGAGUAUCAACUUUGACGAACCCGACACCGCCGUCGCUGACAUGUCCAAAGACAUCAGCGACUCCCUUCAGCGAUACUGGCAUGCGCAGCAGCAACAGCAGCAUCUCGAGCCCGCAGAGUCACAGAGCUUGUCUAGCAACCAGUCGCAGAGCACUGAUUCCCCUGAAUCACAACCUGAAGCACAGUCUGAGGCUCAGCCAGCACUACCGCCGCUGUCUUCCUCGACGGAGCCGUGCCCGAAGCCUAUGCCCUCGAUUGCUUGUGGCUGCCUCUCUUCUCUCUAUCUUGCUCUUGACUCUCUUUCUCGCCUCCCCCAGGACAUCAAUACUGCCAUGCGUGUUGCCCGUAACGCUACCAAGACCGCACACAACGUCAUCAAUUGCGCCUUCUGCUCAGAUCCCGAUAUCUCGCAACCCCCUCCGAUUCAAAGCUUCCAGAGCCUAAUGUUUCUUGCUGCUCUUGUCCCAUCCGCCUGCAACGCUUACGCUUCAAUCCUUCAGAUGAUUGACCGUGAAUCCAAGGAGGCUAAAAAGGAGAACCGCACCUUCUGGUUUAGUUUUGAGGAUAUCGGAGGCGUCUGGUGUGGCUCCUCCGAGUUCACCUUCCAGUGUCCCGAGAUGCAAGACUACAACAACAGCAACAUGGAGCCAGAUCUGUGGCGCACCACAAUGCGAGCAAUCCUUCGUCUAGAUGUGUACGGGUUAAGUGAAGCGCCGGAUGGAUUACAUGGCUUUCAAGUGCUGGGCCUUAGAGACGUUGUGAAAUCGAUGGAGGAGCGCAGCCAUAGGAGGCACGCCAUUAUGGACGAAAUGGCAGAGUCAGGUUCAUUGCCGAAGCACGAAGGCUUCCUACUCCACCACGGCGAAUACAAAUCUGUACCCGUGGAAGAGCGGAACUGCAUCAAGGUCCUGGAAGCGGCGAGGAUAGCGCUUGAUCAUCUUGUGAUUGCAUAG